AUGCAAGUCCUCAUCAGCGGAGCUGGCAUUGCCGGCCCCACCUUGGCCCAUUUUCUUUCACGUUUCGGCACCCAGGUCACCAUCGUCGAAAAGGCAUCGACCAUGCUCACACAAGGUCAUAACAUCGAUGUACACGGAACAGCGCUCAACAUCAUAAACAAAAUGGGUCUGCUCACUGAGCUCAAGAAACGUAACACGACCGAAAUGGGAACACGUUUCCUCGACGAGAACGGCAAAGUCUUUGCUGAUUUCCCCGUAGAAGGCACUGUGGGUAGUCCGACGUCGCCGUUCGAGAUCCUACGUGGAGAUCUAGCUGAUUUGCUCUACCAGGCUACUCGUCAAGAUGGGAAUAUCGACUAUCUAUUUGGUACGACCAUUACCGAAGUUGUCGAGAAUAGCGAGGAGAAGGUGCGGGUGAAGCUAAGCAACAGUAAAGAGGAAGAGUACGAUCUGCUAGUGGCAGCAGAUGGACAAUGGUCACCGAUCCGAAAGGCUGUGUUCCCUACGGAUGCAGUUCAAGUCAUCAACAAAGGAUGCUACUGCGUGUACGCAACAGUCCCGCGCACAAAUGCAGAUAGUGAUUAUUGGGAUAUCCAUCAAGCUCUCCGCUCUCGCGCUGUUCAUACUCGCCCUGACAACCAUGGAACGCUUCGAUUCUUUAUUACUACCAUGCCCCCCACCCCCGCUCAGAAGCAGGCUUGGGAUAGUGCCGCUCGCAGCCACAAUCGCAAGACCCAAAUGGACCUAGUACGAAGCGAACUUGCCGAUAUCCCCUACGGCCCCGUCCCUCGUUUGCUUGAAGGGAUGGCAGAAGCGAAAGACUUAUACUUCCAAACAGUCUCACAGAUCCGCCUCUCCAAAUGGAGCAAGAACAGAGUCAUCUGCUUGGGAGACACAGCGUACGCCCCGACUCCGUUCACAGGUAUGGGCACCUCACUUGCUAUCAACGGCGCUUAUCUUCUCGCUGGACACCUCUCACAGCUCAAAGAGGGAGAGCAUCCGAGAAGGGCUUUCGAAGAGUACGAAAAGGAGUUCAAACCGUUUGUACAAGAGAUUCAAAACAUUCCUUGGUUCGUACCUGGUAUUGCUCACCCUCAAUAUGCGUGGACAAGGUGGCUGUUCAAGAGGUUUAUUGCAACAAUGGCGUGGUUUGUGAAGAUCCCUUACUUGGCCAAGAAAUACGGACCGAAGGAUAAGAAGUAUCCGGAAGGAUUGGUGGAUGAUUUGGAUGCGCCAUAUCCUCAAUUUAGUGGCUUGGCACAGCAGCAGGUUGUCACAGCAUAA